GGCUUGGAGAGCCACAGUGCGGCAGCAGAAAAACUGCACCACGGCACCAAUGGAUAGAAUAGAGGAGGGAAUGCUAAACACAUAGGUAAUCCAUACAAGAAUAAAUGGACAUGAAAGGGAUACGCCGCCAGAUUCCAAAGGACCCCAAAAUGGAAAUAUUUGUGUUUCUAUGCCAGCUGAAGAACAGUUUUUCCUCUGAAAUCCAAGGAAACCUUCCCAGCUUGGUCUGACGAAGCCCAUUUCAACUGGUAGACAGCAGUAUGGAUGAGAUACGCCAAGACUAGCGACUCAUUGUGUCAACGAGACGAAAAAAAAAAACCGGCAGCCAAUCUCGCAUUUUUUGUUUGUUUGUCUGAAAGAGCCUGUGAAUAGUCUGCGGAACGACACCCCACCUCAUCAUUUCACUGUCGUUUAUUGUUUUCCAAGAAAUUCCAGUAGUGGGAUGCUUUCGCGUUGUGUUGCUUCAUAGGGUUCAAGAAUACAAUUGAGGGAGAAAUAUGGGGGAAGUUCAAGACGUCAGGGAUGUUAAGAAGACCUUCGUUGCUCCAGCGAUAAAGUCUUUUGAGCACUAUGACUUCUCUCGAGCCAAAAUCUGUUGCAGCCUCACAUGGGUGAUGGCCAAAGCAUACGGGACAGACAGCAUCCCGGCAGACUUAAAGGACCCCUUCUACACAGACCAGUAUGAGCAGGAGCACCUGAAGCCUCCUGUGGCCAGCCUCCUGCUGUCAGCAGACCUCUACUGCAGGGCCGGCAGCCUCAUCCUGAAGAGCGACUCUUCCAAGCCCCUGCUGGGCCACGAUGCUGUCAUUCAGGUGCUGGCUCAGCGUGGCCUCUACGUCAGCGACCAAGAGAGACUGGUAACUGAGAGGGACCUUCGAAAGAGGCCUCUGCAAAUGAGCGCUCACUUGGCAAUGAUCGACACUCUGAUGAUGGCGUACACAGUGGAGAUGGUGAGUGUCGAGAAGGUGAUGGCCUGCAUUCGUCAGUAUUCGUCUUACGACCCUGAGGUGGAAACACCUUAUGACACCGAGGACGCAGUGACCACCUGGAUCAACAAGAUAAAUGAGUAUCUGAAAGACAUCGUGGCUCAGGAGCAGAGGAUGAGGGAGACACAGAGCGCCGACCCUGCUGGGAGUCCUCGGUCUCCAACCAAGUGGUACAUGAAGCUUGUGCCCGCUCGCUACAGGAAGGAGCAGGCCUCGACCCAGUUGGUUCCCUGCAUCCCCCCAGUGGACAACCUGCUGAAAGACAGCACAGACGGCUCGGCCCUGGGUGCUCUGCUGCACUUCUACUGCCCUCAGCUGCUGUCAUUGGAUGAUGUCUGUUUGAAGGAGAACAUGACGCUGGCUGAUCGGCUGUAUAACCUGCAGCUCAUACAGGACUUCUGCAAAGACAACCUGAACAACUGCUGCCACUUCAGCCUGGAGGACAUGCUCUACGCCUCCUCCACCAUCAAGAAUAACUACCUGGUGUUCAUGGCAGAGCUGUUUGGUUGGUUUGAGGUGGACAAGCCGUCUUUUGUGAAACCAAGAAUGCUGGACAACGAAGGCACAGAGCCCUCAUUCUUGUCGAAGAAUAUACCAGCAAUCCCCAUCUCCAAGGCAACCAAGAGGAGCUUCAUGGAGAGACCCCCAAGUCCUGAAAGACCCAGUUUGCCCCUCCGACCCCAGCCUCGAAACUCAGGAGAGAUCAAGAGGUCAACCUCAAUGUCCUUUGUCGAUGGCAACCUCGGCACCUGGCCCAAAGAAAAAAGGUCUGGGCCUUAUGGAGUGUCUUUUGACAUCCCCUUUGACAAAGAGGACUCUGCUUCCGGCGGUCUUUCCUCCACGCGUGGCAUGGUCAGGUCUGUCAGCACUGAUGAUGGUUCUGGCUUCAAGGUCCACCACCUUCCCCGCGGAAUGAAGCGUAACCUGUCCUUCCAGCCAGUAAAUGGCCAGAGUGUCGGCAUUGAGGAGGAGGGCUGCCCAGACAGCCUAGCUGGUAUGGAGCCUAGCAGGCCAACGUACCCCAACGGACAUGGAAGUGUCAUGGCAAAAACUCCCUCCAUAGAGGAAGCCCUUCAGAUUAUCCACAGCCCAAAUAGGCCCCCAGUGGAGGGGAUCAACAGCGGUUUCUUCCUGCACACUCAGGACCACGGGGCUGGUGUUGGUGUCUUGGAGCCAGUGUCGGAGUUGGACUCCCAAGGGCCUCCGAGCACCGCAGACACCACCGAGGUGGACACUGGCAUCCAUAUUCAAACAGAAGACAUGCUAGAUGAGGAUUCCUCUCUGAAAGACUGCUCUGUGAACAUGGACCUGGAUAUGGACACGCCAAGCCCCUGCCCGAGCAGUCACAGCAAAUCCCCCUCAGGGUUGAAGUUGACCAGCUUUGCUGAACAGAAGAAGAGGAAGCAUACUCCAUCAUUGCCAGACUCGGGGAGGUGCAGCAGCAGCUCCCUCAAGACCACUCCUGAGGGCUCCGACUUUUGCCUCCCGUUAUCUGUGUCCUGGGCCCCGACCCCUGAGCACAGCCCCAACCAUCAACAAACCACACCCACCCUCAGUGCUCAAGCAUCGCCCACACCUGUACAACUUCCAGCCAAUGACCCUGCUCAGGUCAUGGCUACGGAGAUGGUACAGCUGAGGAUGAGGCUGGAGGAGAAACGUAAAGCCAUCGAAGCGCAGAAGAAGAAAGUGGAGGCUGCUUUCACGAGGCAUCGGCAAAAGAUGGGUCACUCAGCGUUUCUCAAUGUGGUAAAGAGAAAAGGAGAUGGGGCUGCCAGUGGAGAGGAAGGAGGGAAAACCGAGGGAGAAGGCAAGGCAGCAAGCAGAAGUCCCACCUUCAAAUUUGGGAGGAGCAAGGCGGACACACCUGAUGGGGCAGAGCAAAGCAGCACCGCUUCCUGUUGGACAAAGUCGCCUGGCGCAGGAGAGGAAGGUGGUCAAAGCCAUGCUCAGCUCACCGAGGUAGAUCUCACCGAGUACACGCGCUCGAUUGAGAAACUGAACCAUUCAUUAGCCUUCCUUCAGACUGAGAUGCAGCGACUGGCUCAGCAGCAGGAAGUGAUCAUGUCCAUGAGGGAGAAACAACAUCAGCAGGCGUGGGUAAUCCCUCCUCCCCAUACAACCCCAUCGCCGCAAAAACAGAGUCGAGCCGGAGCUGUUACUCGAUCCUCAGGACCCUCUUCUCCUGCCGACUCCCCUCGUUCCACCCACCGCUCUCCAACCAGCAUCAAGCGCAAAUCUGCCUCCUUCCACUCACGUACUCCUCGUGCCGCUCGACCCAACGAGCUGAAGCUGGCCCCUUACAAUCGAGUCCUAACUGCCCCACAAUCGGUCGACAGCAUCCCCAGGCUACGACGAUUUUCUCCCUGCCAGCCCUUGGCAAGUUCCUUCGUUUACAUGGGGGAGAAACCAGCAACCUCCAAUCCAGAGACAGUAGGUUCAGAUGGAGAUAAAACCAAGGAGACAGAGUCACUAGAUUCCCCAGAGAGGGAGAUUGCCAGUGUAUGUGUAGCCAACUCACCGCCCAGCUCCCCCAAUCUGCAGAACAAGAGCGAACAAACAGAAGCAGAUUCAGUUCAGAAGUCGGUUGCCGAUUUGAAACCUACCAUAGAGUCAUCGUUUCCUGAGGUUCUGGCCCACCCUGUGGUAGAGACCUUCACAGUGACACCUACAGAGAUUCCUCCCCAGCCAGAAGCCUCAGGCCAAGUCAAGAGCAGCUUGAUUGAGGUUCCUCUGUCAGUCAUGAAGCCACUGGAUGAUCUGUCACUUGAUGAUGAUUUGGAGAUGCAGCAGGGUGAUGUGGAAGGCCCGUAUCAGGAACAGAAGAUUUCUUGUGGGUUUUUCUUCAAGGCGGAUGGAAAUGCCGAGGAUAACAUGGCUCAGAAGAGGGCUGCUCUGUUAGAGAAAAGGAUGAGGAGGGAGAAGGAGAGCCAGCAGAGGAAGAUGCAGCAGGAGGCUGAGUUAGAGCAGAAGAAGGAGGAAGCUCGACUAAAAGCAGAGGAGGAGCGCGUCAGGAAGGAGGAAGACAAGGCCAGAAGGGAGUUCAUCAAACAGGAACAUCUCAGGAGGAAGCAGCUUAAACUGAUGGAGGACAUGGAUACUGUCAUUAAACCUCGACCAGUCAGUGGGGCCAAGCAGAGGCGGGGGCGUACCAAGUCCAUCCAUCGCGACAGCAUGGACUCCCCCAAAACCCCUGUCAGAGCUGCCACAGGUUCACGCCAACGUGUCUUUUCAGUCUCCAGCUUGUCCCUUGCUUCCCUCAACCUGGGAGACAGCGACAGCGUUCACUCUGAGAAGAGAUCGCCAAGGCCAGAUUCUGCAGAUGGCUUCCUGUCCCCGAGUCGCUGCAGCAGCAGGAAUGGAGAGAAGGACUGGGAGAAUGGAUCCACGACCUCCUCUGUUACAUCUAACACAGAGUACACUGGACCAAAGCUAUACAAGGAGCCUAGCGCCAAAUCUAACAAGCACAUCAUCCAGAAUGCUCUGGCCCACUGCUGCUUAGCAGGCAAGGUUAAUGAGGGGCAAAAGAACAAGAUCCUGGAGGAAAUGGAGAAAUCAGGGGCCAACAACUUUUUGGUUUUGUUCCGAGAUGGCGGCUGCCAGUUUCGCUCUCUCUACACUUACUGCCCCGAGACGGAGGAGAUCAACAAGCUGACAGGCAUCGGCCCCAAGAGCAUCACACGUAAGAUGAUCGAUGGCCUCUACAAAUACAACUCGGACAAGAAGCAGUUCAGUCAGAUACCAGCCAAGACCAUGUCGGCCAGCGUGGAUGCGGUGACCAUCCACAGCCAUCUCUGGCAAACCAAGAAGCCAGCCACCCCUAAAAAAGUAGUGCCUGCCCAGUCCUAAUGGAACUUAAUACACCCAACAUCACCAUUCCCCCCUCAAAUGGAACAUACCCAUUUCAAUUUGCACUUCACUGUACAUAUCCAUGAAGAUUCAAGCACCUGCAAUGCCAGUUAGAUGAAUGCAUAUUUGUCUUAGGUUUAUGUUUGUUUGUUUUUUCUUCUCAUUGCAUUCCUGUCCUUGUUUUUCCUACUUACUCUGGUCUGGACAUGAUAGAACUCAAAGAUUAUGAACAACUGGAAUGUAUGCCACUGCUGAAAAAUGAUGUAAAUGCUUAUCACUUCUGUGUUUUUAGAGAUUGUCAUGUUUGAGUCAAAUUAUGAAGGCAUGUGUGGGUGUUUUGUUUCCUAUGUGCCAAACGUCAAAAAAUCAGACAGUAUGAAUGCCGGGACAUUUUACUGAAGCACUGAAUGUUUUUAAUUCAUGUACAUAUUGAUCUAUGUUUGCAUUAUCCUGUUGAUGUGUGGCCUUAUGCGCGUUUUGUUUUAGCGUGUGAGUGCAAUGAGGUGAUUGUAAAACAGCGUAUACAGAUGGGAUUUUUUUGUACUUAGAAGAACACUUUUUUUCUUCAUCCCUGUGGGUAAAACGGUUUGUAUAUUAAGGUACGCAAAACUACAAAACGAAUUGCAUACAGCUAGUGUUAGCCACACAGUAUAUGUGUGUGUUCAGCUCAACAAAGCCAAGCGGUUUCAGCUUUUUCAGAACCCUUUUUGAGAAAGUGAUUUCAAAGGAUGCAGGACGUUACCGUGGAUCACUGGUUCUCAACCUGGUGGUCGAGACACCUCCAGACGAUUUGAACUAUCAUCAAAAAAAUCUAUUUCUGAUAUACAAAUAUGCUGUCAUGUUUGCAAUGGUUGUGUUAAAUUCCUUUUUACUCAUAAUAUGCAGAAGUAGUUUCAACCUCAAGAUGUACUCCAAGAAGUAAAGUUGACAGACAGUGAAAGUAAAACUCCUCCCUAUAUUAACCAUCUGGUUUGUUUUCACUUGGGUUUUACAAUGAGGCAUUGCUUCAGCCAAAAAGUUUGAGAACCAGUGUUGAAAAUCCCUCUGCUGCUGGUUCACAGCAGAUUUGUGAACAAAUAAAACAGCUCAGUAUUAUUUUAUUUUGUAUUGUCAAAUGCUGCCUAGUGCAGCACAUAGGAUCUUUGCAGAUUAUUAAUAUAAUGUACGAUUACACUCUCACCCACUGGUGUCAGUAAAAUGACUCCAUUCCAAAAUAAUGACACCUGACAAGUUUUUCUCUGUAUCAAUAUCAGGAUUUACAAUUCAAACCAUAAUAGUACUUAAUUGACUUCAGAUUCACACCAGGCUUACUUACUGUAUCUUAAGGUAAAA